AGCCGGAGGGAUUAGACGGUCUGUCGCCAGCACUGAAGCAGACCCAGCGGCUCCGGGCAGUGCCCCGUGCCCGGGCCUCGCCCUGCCAGCAGCAGCCCGGCGCGGGGCGGGAUGGGAUGGGCGGGUGAGGCGGUCCCUGUCGCCGUCCGCGCUCCUCCUCCUCCUCCUCCUCGCCGCCCGGGUCCGCUCCGCUCGGUGCAGCCGGCGGGAGCCCGCGUCAGCGCCCGUCCGUGCACGAAAGGAAGAAGGCAAGAACAAAGUGUUUCCUAGUGAAGAGGCCCUGCAAAGCUAAUGACCUUACAGAUAUCCAGGAAAUAAGUGGUUUCAGAGGGACCACCAAAGAAUCAGGAAUUUCGAGUGUGAGUUAACAGAUGUUGCUAUGAGGAAAGGAGUCAGAAAUGACUGAUGUGGAGCCUGUGGUCACAGAUUUUGCAGCCUCGGGAAGGGCAGGUCGCCGAAAUGCCUUACCAGAUAUUCUGGGCUCUCCUGCUGGAGCUGGAACUUCAGACCUGCCACACAAACUAGCUGAGCUUGCUGUGACUGAAGAUGAAAGAGCAGAAGGAGGAGAACCAACGCCAUCUGAAACCACGUUGGAAAAUCAAGAAACGGCAGGAAAAAAUGCUGAAUCCUAAUCGCUAAGAGUUUCUGGAUUUGACACCCAUCCACAGACUUUUCAAAGGAUCUGUUUUUCACUGGUUCCAAUAUCUAGUAGCAACUGUAGCAGUAUGUGCACGACUAUGCAAUAUAUUUGUAUCUGGAUGACAUUAACUUGGAGCUACUAGUUAGAGUUUCAGUAAAGUUUUCUACUGUAAACCAUUUGAAGAGCAGAUUAUCUACAAAUCACAGCUAAGAAAGAGCUAAAGAAUGUAUAUCAUCUUGGAAUGUUUUUUUCUUUUUUAAAUUGUCAGUUAUGCUGUACAGAUACUAACUUAACCAAACUCUUAUUGAUUGUUUCCAUGAUUAUAGUAUAUGUACAGAACACUAUUCUUCUUGUUUAUUUGUUUAUCCAGAAUAGCUUUUGCAGUGAAAUUAAGGCUUGUUUCCCCAUUCACUAUGAGAAUUGUAAUAUAUACAGAGGUACAGACUGGGAGGAGAACUUAAUUGUAUUUUGAAAGAUAGAGAAAGCCACAAAUUCCUAGCUUGUGACCUUUUGAAAUCUUACAAUCUUUGUUCUGUUAAAAGGAAGCUUGGGUAAGGGAGACAAAUGAAAGAGGCAAGCAAAAUAUUCCAGAUGGUUUCUAAAACACUCAAGAGCUCUUCAAAAAGCUAUGGAUAUAUUCAACUCUGGUAAAUAAUCUCUUGUUUCCAUCCCCAACAUUCUUACUACUUCUAUCUUUACUGCGCACAGACUCUAAAAUAAGAUCAAUGUCUGUAAAUGGUUCUGAAUUGUUUAAUCUCACUGUGCAAAUUAAAUAGUUAUCCCUUUU